GGGCUACCUACACACAAAAAGCAGAUCCAAUUCCCAAAUCUUCCUCACAACGACCCACCAAAACCUACUCCAAGUUACAGAUAUGGCUUACAGAAAUCCCAAACCACUUACUUUUCAUCCGGACUUGUCUUUUUUCUCACAGAUGGAAUUUUGAGUUGGUCCAGCACUUACUUUGCUUUACUAUUAAAAAAAAAAAAGGAAUAGGAAGUUUCUUUUAGCCCACCUUUGAGUAGUGGGCAGCACCGACUUCUAAUGGUCUUGGUAACCAUCGCCAUUGAAGGAAUCCAAGCCCAUCGUCACUCUGCCCAGACAAAAUCAAGUGUCUAUAAUCUGUAGACGCCAAUAAGAUACAAUAAAAUAACAGAAGACGGUUGAUUGCUUAUGAUGUACAGGUCCAGGAUGCUCGUCUUUCGGAUAUGGAGCCAUGCAAGAACUGGGACCUUUCAGAGUAAACAGUGAUGGAAAAACGCUGUACAGGAACGAAUAUGCAUGGAACAAUGUUGCAAACGUGAUCUUCCUGGAGUCGCCGGCAGGAGUUGGGUUUUCUUAUUCAAAAAAUUCCACGGACUACACCAACGUAGGAGACAAGAAAACAGCACAGGACUCCUACAUUUUUCUCAUCAACUGGCUCGAAAGAUUCCCACAGUAUAAAACACGCGAUUUUUACAUAACCGGUGAGAGCUAUGCUGGCCAUUAUGUUCCUCAGCUUGCUUACUAUAUUCUCGCGAUAAACAAGAACACAACUCAAACCGUCAUCAACCUCAAAGGAAUAGCUAUCGGAAAUGCUUGGGUAGAUGAUGAUGCUUGUACGAAGGGCUUGUUUGAUUACUUAUGGACACACGCUCUCAACUCUGAUGAAACCAAUGAAGGAAUUAACAAAUACUGCAACUUUGCUAGUGAAGAUUCACUUACCAAAAAGGCAGAUGCAGACGACAAUCCGAUCCAAUGUGGAAAGUAUCAGAAUCAGGGACUUCAAGAGUUGGGAAACAUCAAUCUGUACGGAAUUUAUGCCCCUCCAUGCUAUACAUCAGCACUAAAAUCUGGAUCAACUGGCAAUGUCAAGAACUAUGAUCCAUGCGCUGAGUAUUACGUUAAUUCCUACCUAAAUCUUGCAAAGGUACAAGCAGCUCUUCAUAUCAAAGCUACAAAUUGGUCAGGUUGCAGUAAUGUUGGAUGGACAGACAGCCCAACGACUAUUCUUCCUGAAAUACAGCACUUAGCCAAGGAGAUUAGGGUGUGGAUAUACAGUGGCGACACAGAUGGCCGAGUUCCAGUGACAUCUUCUAGGUACUCCAUCAACAACCUAAAACUUCGAGUAGAGACUGCCUGGCAGCCAUGGUACUCUAAUAGUGAGGUUGGAGGAUAUGUUGUUGGCUACAAGGAAUUGAUUUUUGCCACAGUGCGUGGAGCUGGUCACACAGUUCCAAGCUACCAACCAGAGCGAGCACUCACCAUGAUCACAUCAUUCCUCCAGGGGAAACUGCCUCCUGGCAAGCCUACCUCUUAACGAACCUACGGAGAAUAUACUUCACAAUGUUAGAAGGCAAGGAGAAGACGUAUCAUUGGAAUGGGCCUAAAGAAAUUGAACCAGUUCUCUGCUGAUGGAAUUAUUCUAAAAGUUGAAGAUAUCUAUGGACAAUGUAUUAUUAUGUUUCUACUUUUAACAACUAUCUACGAAUAGACAUAAUCAUUUAAGUA